UUGUUACUAGCGACCAGCACCGGCCUAAUCCGGUCUAUCUAUUAAUAAACUGCACCACAAUCCGUUGUGUAGUAAAGAUUUUAGCAUACAUACAGACAUGAGAAGGGAAGCGACGCUAGGCUGAUUUGGAAACAUCCAGCUCGGACUAAAACAGAAAUGGACACUGACCCACCAUUCUUACUUUUUUUUAGUACCUAUGUUAUUUACGACUCGUGUGUGCAAGGUAAUGGCACCCUUAAUAAGGGGAUAAUCAUAAUCAAUCAGUUGGAAGAAGAAAGAUUUGAACAAUUUUUACGUCAUGUUGUUGCAAAACUGAAAGUUCAAGAUUCAGAGAUAUUCACAGAUGAUGAGAGACAAAAACUAGAAAAAAUAUUUAAAGUCAGCGGAGAAGAUUUGCUGUUAUCAAUUAAAACUAUUAUCUAUCUUUUCAAAAGAAUGUUGAAGUAUAUAUUUAUGCCAUCAGACUUAAAAAGUGACUUGCUCAAGAUUGGUUUUAGUAGUGAGAAAGCAGAAUAUAUAGUCAAAGCAUGGUCCACAGGAACAAAAGCAGUAUUAAAAGAAGUGGAUUCUAAAACAAUAGACAAGCUUGGUGAUGAUAUUAAUUUUACUUGGAAAUUGAAUGCAGAAUUAAGUUCGAUAUAUCAGAAAAAGUGCAAAAUACCAAAAGCAUAUUUAUCAUUAUCAAAUAAACAAUUUGAAACUGAAUUAGAACUCACACAUCCAGAAUUAUAUUCAGUUUUUUUACAAUUUGAAUCAAUUCAAAAUGAAUUGGACAAUAUAUUGUAAUUAUAUUUUUGUGUUGGUAAUCAGUAUUAUUUUUAAAAUAAAA